AUGCCACAAGAGAAACUACUUGGUUUGAUACCAAAAAUUAUUUUUAAUGAUAAUUAUGAAUCAAAACUUAUUAUAAAUGGAUCUUCUUUAAAAACAAUGUCAAAAGAAGAUAUAAAUGAUUUGUUAAUAAAAUUAAUUAAAAUAAAUGAAAUUAUGGAUGAAAUAAUAUUAACAAUUAAUAAAGAUACAACAAAUCAUUUUAAUUUAAUUCAAGAAAAUAGAGAACAAUUAGAAAAUGUUACUAAAGAACUUUGGGUCAUCAAAAAUGACGAAAAAGAGAAUCAACAAAACCCUUUUAAGAGAUCAUGGCUUGGUCGUGUUAUUUUUUAA